GCACAUCACAGCUGAGAAGAGGUUUUGUUAGCUUCAACGAUGGAGCUGUUGACGUGGUUGCUGACUUCACUCACACCGUUGCUGGCCAGUCUGGUGGGGCUUCUGGCAAUACUGUACAUGUAUGUGACAUGGACUCAUGACUACUUCCGGAAGUUGGGCAUCCCGGGCCCGAAGCCAGGACUUAUGGGAAACAUGGACAACUACAAAAGGGAGGGCGUCAUCGGAAACGAUAUGGAGCUGGUGAAAAAAUACGGAAGAGUUGUGGGGUUUUAUCACUGCCGCCUUCCCAUCAUGCUCGUGUCUGACCCGGAAAUGAUCAAAGAGAUUUGCGUGAAACAGUUCUCCAACUUCAACAACAGGAAGCGGCCCGAGCCAAUCAACAAGGUGUUCAGGAGUGCGAUGUCGGUGGUGGAGGACGAGCAUUGGAAGUUCAGUCGCAGCGUCCUGAGCCCCACGUUCAGCUCCGGCAAGAUGAGACAGAUGGUUCCACUGAUCCAAAACUGCACGGCGAGUUUGGUCCAGAACCUAGAACGCCAGUCCAAGGGAGGCGACAGCGUCGAGAUGAAGAACGUAAUGGGGUGUUACACCCUGGACGUCAUCGCCAGCACGGGCUUCGGGAUGGACGUGGACAGCCAGGUGGACCCCAACAACGUGUUUGUGAAGAACGCUAAGGAGGCCAUGUCUGGGGGGUUCACCUUCCCUUACAUCACGUCGCUGCUGUUCCCGUUCACGAAGGCGGUGUUCGAGGCGGUGGGGUGGAGCGUCAUGCCGAGGAACAGCAGAGACUUCUUUUUCAAAGUCAUGGAUAAAGCUAUUGAUGACAGACGCCAACAUCCAUCGGCUCGGCCGGACAUGCUGCAGUUGAUGCUCAACACCCACACACUGGAGAACACGAUGGAGGCAGACGACAUCCAGGACGCUCAACUGGAUUUCAGCAAGAUUAGGAAACGACCCCUCACAAACGACGAGAUAAUGUCCAACUCAGUGGUGUUCAUGUUGGCGGGGUAUGACACCACAUCAGGAGCCUUGUCAUUCGCCUCCUACCUGCUGGCGACCAAUCCCGACUGUCAGGACAAGCUCAUCCGGGAGAUCGACCAGCAUCUGGGCAAGGACCUGGCUACCUAUGACAAUGUGAUGACGUUGCCGUACUUGGAGCGUGUGUUCCUGGAAACACUCCGUGUCUACCCUCCAGCGUCAAGAUUCUCUCGCAUGGCUAAGAACGACAUAACCAUUAAGGGUUACCUCAUCAAGGCCGGGACGUCCGUCAACUUCCCCAUCUACGCCAUGCACCACGACCCAGAGUUCUGGAAGGAACCAGAGAGGUUCGAGCCUGACAGGUUUCUCCCCGUGAACAAGACAGCCAUGCACGAUUACUGUUUUGCUCCAUUCGGCAUCGGUCCCCGGAAUUGUGUGGGAAUGAGGCUGGCAUUUUUAGAAUUCAAGAUGGCGCUUGUGACAGUUCUGCAACACUUCCGGUUCCGUACAGCGCCAGACACUGAGAUUCCGCCCAAACUGGAGAAGGGAGGUUUCGUGAGAGCACAGAACGGUAUCUACCUCCGAGUGGACAAAAGAACCUAGCCACGUGUAUGAUGUUGUUUUACUGUUGUUUUAAUUCAGCAUAUGCUAAUAUUUUAAACCAGUUGCGUUAAAGAAGCAUGUCUUUCCAUGAUUGGGGGUUUGAAUCAAUUUUCGCUUUCAUUGUGAUGUUUGGUUUGUGAGCGCUAUUUCCGUGCUCGUUGGUUUCUACGAAGUGAUGAAGGUUAAGAUCUGCAUUUCCAACCACAUUGAGGUUGACGUACAUGCGAUAGCGAAAUACCCUUCAAGGCGGAGACACACCCAACUCACACACUCUCUCCCGUGUAAUUCCCGAAUGAGACCAGUAUCUCCAUCAUUAUCACAGAGACAACACACAUCAAGUCACAGAUCCGUUCAUUAUCACGGCCCGUGCUCUCAACUUCAAUAAAUUGUUCAGACUA